AAACAUAAAUCUAUUAAAAUGUUAUUAUUAUCAAUAGAACUGUAGCAUCUAAACAAUUAGCAUCAUUACAGUAUAAAAUAAUUGGCAUGUUUGAAAUGGAAUUAUUCUUAAUUUAUUAAAAUAUUAUAUGAUCAACAUGUUGCAAUUUUAUAACAAUUAUUUUUUAAAUUGCCUUUUUCUUGAUAAUGCAUGUUACAUAAAUGGUCAUAAGUUCCCUAUACGUGUUUGUUGUAACUCAAAAAGGACAGUUGCCAAUUAUUAAAGAACUGAAUAUAGUAUUUCACGACCGUCAUUCUAUAAAGUACAAUAUACUGUGUGUUAUAGAAAUAAAAUAAGAACGAUUGUAAAAUGAACAUGAACGUAUUUAGCAGAACAUGUAUUAAAAGUUCACUAGAAAGCUUAAUAAUAUAUCGAACAUUUAGCUACGGAUCUUACAUUAAAGAGGAUACUUGGAUACUACUGUUUCAAGAUGGCUUAAGAACAUAAUUGUAUUCAACCUUGAUAAAGAUAUUAAUAUCUUUUAGCAGUAUUAUAACAUAAUAUGGUUUGCAUAUAUUAACUGAAGAUGUUAAGUAAAUUAUACUGUAAAAUAUUGUACUAGUUUUUACGUGUAUGGUGCUGAAUUUCUUAAUAUUGCUUCAAUCGUUUGCCGCGACGGCAGCUCCGUAUGUUCUGUUUUACCGACGGGUUGCAAAACAGCAAAACAUAUUAUGGCUGAAUGGUGGUUUUCUGAUAAAGAAUGAUUUGUUGACUUGUUUAAGUACAUUGUAUAAUGUAAAAGAUAUAUACAGCGAGUGUAAUUAAUGGAUACUGUGAAUACUGUGACAUGUAAUAAACAGAAUCUCAUGCCAAAGUUAAGAAAAAAUCGGAGAAUUGAAACCAAGUGGGGUGUUAAUUAUUAUACAGCAGUAAAAAAUGCUGUUUUUGUAAUCCAAGCACCAUCAUAUGUGCCAAAGGAACCACCGCUCUCCUUGAAGGAACAUGGUUCAGAAUGUGAAACAUUGCUCAUGUGCGCACAAUGUAAAGACUGUUUCCAUUUUCGAAACAGUCUGGAAGAUCAUAUUUCAAGGAAAAGUUGGAUAUUGGGAUAUUGGUGUCAACAUUGUUUUCUAACUACUUGUGGCCAUAGUCCUAAAGAAGGCUUAUUAUGUUCUGCAUGCGUACAAUUGGAACGUAAUAAACGCUCAUAUUUACGAAGCAGAGGUUUACAUAAGAGUCAGAAAUUUGGGGCAAUUAGGAUUUUUUACAAUCAAUGUCAAUUCUUUGCACAUUUGAGAGUUCAUAAUGUGAACGUGGUAGAUAUGGGUGACUUAAUGUUGAUGCCUUUACCAACAAAUGUAAAUCAUGAGUGGAACCCAGAAAUAGAUACAACUUUGGAAGCACUUAUGGAACAUACAUUUAUAAUGAAAGUGCAUAUAAUGGAUUGGUUAAAGGAAAACAGUAUUGAUAGUUAUUGGUGGCAAUUGGCUGCUAGUGAAUCAGAGAAGGGCAGUGACUUAAUUAGUCUUGUCCUUAAAGGUUAUAAAGGCAAAUUUUAUUUCAAACCAUUAGAAAUACCAAUAGAAGAACAGUUUUCUACUUUCAAUUCUUCUUAUUCUACACCUAACAGUAACUGUACAUAUUCAAAUGUUGAUAUUACUGAUUCUUUAGAAAGAAAAAGGUCUCCAUCUAUGGAUAAAGAUGUGAUUGAAAAUGAAGACAAUCCUUGUAUAUCGAAUGAUAUUGCUUUUGUGGAUUGUGGACCUGCAUCAAAACAUUUUGAACCAGAAACUCUACUAUCUAGCAAUACGAAAAAACAUACAACAGCUUUUGCAAAAUCAUUACAAAACAAUUUUAUUGCUAAUAUGGUGGCUACCAAGUCGAAAAAAAAUAGAGCCUCGGAUUCAAAGUGCAUUUCACCUGAUAUGGUCAUGUCAUAUGGCAAUACAAUGAUUACACCAAAACUUAAUAAUAAACGUAAACGUACAUUGCCAGUUAUAGUAACCGCUAAAAGCAAUACUUUAAAGACAGAUUCGAAGAAAAAAUCGAACAGAACAAUUCAAGAAAAUAUCUUAAGUACAGAUACAUUGUCUAAGGAAUCCGAUUUAUCUUCUUCUGUAAUAGUAGCGGAUAGCAACAAGUUAGAUAAAUUAAAACAAAGCAUGCAUACGUUAACCGUUAAUUCUGGUCAAAAGAUUUUCACAUUUCAGAGUGCAAAGCAUGUUGAUAUUAAUACGAUUAUUAAUCAAUUACCGUCUCACAUUAUUAACAAUAAAAAGAUUGUUUUUAUAGGACAAGAUUCAAACGUUAUAACUAUAAAUAACAAACAAGAAUCAUCUUCUAAGAAGGUAGUUCAAUUGGUUCCUGAUACUUCCGUUGAGAAAGAUAGUAAAGUAUCGCCAAUAAAAGCAGUAGUUCCAUUUGGUACAUCAAACGAAUUACCUAACAAGAACAGUAAUAAGGCAAUAAAGGGAUUACCAUCUAAAAGGGUGGUUCAGUUAGUGGCCGAAGCCGGUCUUGAAAACGAUACGAAGACGUCGCAAAAAAAACCAGCGAUACCGCUUCAUUCAUCGAAAGAAUUGCCUAAUAAAAAUAGCAGUAAAACUACUUUAAAAAAUCAAAUCGGAUCUACAAAAAGUACAGCGCGAUCGUUUCCAGGUAAAGUUAUAUACCAGAACGGUCGAAAAUACAUUAUCAAGCAAUCAACUACCACUAAAAAUUCCAAAAACGUAUCGAAUACAAUAAUGUCAGCGAAAGGUAGAGUGGAAUUAAAAUCUGUAAAUAAUAUUCCACCAUUAAUACCCAUAAAUCGUACCGAAUUAGAAAAUAUAUCCAAUCAAGAGAGAAUGAACUCGCUUCAGGGUGACGUGUCGCCCUUAACGCCCUCACCGUCUCCGUCAGAACUGUCAAGUAGUUCUAGUUGCGACAUUCAGUCAAAGCAAUCCUUUUCGAUGAUGAAAGGUAAUCAAAAGAUUGAGGGCACUCAUCCAAACGUUGAACAUAUAGACGUUAAUAUCAAUGCGCAAAAUCAGAAUAAUACCUGUGAAACUUUAUCAUUUUACAAAGGCGACGACGAGAAUCUGUAUCUCGACGUAAAGUUUCUGAAUCAAAAGUUGGUCCAUACUAUCGCUGACUCGUUUACAAUGAUAACAAAGUGUAAACAAGAGAUGUUGAAUGAAUUCUUUCAUUUACCUUACCCCGAAUUGAUGAAACGAUACGAGCAUUUGCAACAAAUCAGCGACGAGGUAUUGAGGGUAAUGAAUUUCGUGGACGAAAAUGUAGUUAAAGAAAACUUGAAAGCUGUGGAUAUUUUGAAACACGUUCUGAAACACUGUAUCGAUAAAUGCAGCGAAAAGAUCGACGAUACGAACGAGGACACACCGCUACACGAAUGGGAAUCGGAAUUUGAGCGGACGGAAGAAAAGUUUAUUUGCAAAACCUGUAACAAAAUUAUGAAACCCAAUUCCUAUAUUCCAGGCUUUUCAAAACUUCCCAAAAACGAUCUUUAUUGUUCGUGUUACAGACACGUUUGUCACAAGUGUCACAUAUAUCAAGGCAAUUCGAUGCGUUUCGUAACUCAUCAGACUUUUCACAAGAAGGAAAAACCGUAUCUAUGUCCCGAUUGUUACCGUAAAUUCACCGCAUUUAAAUCAUUGGAGGCCCAUACAUGGACCAUUUGUUUUCACACAUUGAAAAAACGUGUGCUUGGCUGCAAGAUUUGCGAAAUAAACGGAUUCCAGGACAUGGAAUCUAUCGCUAGGCAUUUCGGGAUAAUGCACAGUCACAAUAAAAUAGCAUGCGACAAGUGCUAUGUCGUUUUACCAUCGUACUCUGCAUAUCGGAAGCACCACAGAGAGAAACAUCCGAACUCGGACGAUCUGCUUCCUAUAAGGCUGGUCCUUUGCAAACUCGGGCAAUGCAUUGUGCGUUGCGAAGAGUACAUGCUUCACAUGGAAAAGCAUCCGGUCGUUCAGAGAUUAAUAUGGUUCAAAUGUCCAUUUUGCACGUUCGUCAACGCGGAAGCGAAGCAAGUGAUGUCGCAUUUGCAAGGUGAACAUCUUUCGCGCUUGAAGGAGUUGAUCAGUCCUGAAGUAUUAUGGAACGUUUUACCAGCCGAUGUACCGAACACUAGUCCAUCGCAAAGCAAGUUCGUGAACACGAAAGCGGAGGCUGAAGAAGAUGGAACGAUCAUGCCGAAAAUUAUCAAUGCUAGAACCAUCACGUCAGAGGUGUUCGAACGCGGAACUCAAGCAGCGGAUGAUGAUCUAACUUACGACGCUCAAGGGUCGCUAAAACUUGUCAACGUUAAAGCUGAACCGUCCCAACAGUCAAGUAAAAUGAUACCCAAAAUACUCGACGUCAGAUCAAUCGCCGAUUUAACGUUGUCCGAUUCGAAGUCUAUGAACGACGAAGCAACGAAGAAACAUAUAAAGAUGGAUAGUGAAGAGAUAAAUACUAUAAGUAGCGCAUGGGGGAAACAACCGAUUAAGUCUGAACCAGACGAGAUGUGCAUAGAAGAUAGCUUGUCUAAAUUUGAACAGGAUGAAAGCAUCAGCGAUAGUUUGAAAAAUAAGCUGGUGCUUUAUGAAAAGACGAAAGAUGUCGAGUACAUCGAUACGCAAAAUGUGCAAUACAGAUCGAUCUCGAGGCCUCCUCCUCUAGCUAGAAUUCCGCAACACGUCUUAGAAUCCAAUCGGCCCAAGGUCCUUGAACAGUCCACAAGGACAGGGAAGACUACCGUAUUUUCCCGAAAUCAAAGAUCCGUUAAACGUCCUCAACGACUUGCUCUCGAUUGUGCACCCAACGAGAUCUUUAACUUCUCCUGUCACUUGUGCAAAGAACAAAUCAAUACAUCUCAGGCCGUAAUAUUGGAUCAUUUUCGUAGAAGGCAUUCUCAAGACUGUAAAUUAUCUAUAGUAACACCAAGAUUGCUGCGAAUAUCCUCGGAGUUCAUUAACGGCGGCUACAAGGAUCUGUUGGGUAGUAGAAAACGCAAGUCCGACAGUGGUUCGUCGAAUUCGAAAAGAAGACGACGAUGGACGCCGAAGAAGCAUAGCGAUUCGAAAAAUGCGAAUUUCGCUGGUCUUGGCUUAUGCGUGAAACAAGUAACGGCAGAGGAUAGCGAGGGAAAUUUUAUAUGCAAAAAAUGUGAUCAACGAUGCACCGAUAUGACAAAUUUGCGAGAACAUAUCGCCUCGAAUCAUAGAAUCAGAGGGCGAUGUUUGGUGUGUCUGGAGUGUGGGGACAAUUUUGUGGUCGCGCCUAGUUUACAGAUGCAUCUAAAAGCAUUUCACGGGAUAGAAGAUCCCAUCACUUACAUGGCUCAGAACACGUCUUACGCUCCGGACAACGUGGACGAUCUUGAAGCCGAGGGAAAGUCCAUCGAAGCAAAUCAAUGCCACGUUUGUAUGGCCGUUUUCGAAGACAAGGCAGCAGUGGACAAACAUUUGAGAGUUCAUGGGAUGGCGUUCCUCAAUAGGAAAAGGAUCGAAGCGCGGAACGCGUUAAAGAGUCCGGAGAAGAAAAACGAAACGGAGGAAAAGAUAGAAACAUCCGUUAAAGUAUCUUCAAAAAAAUCUGUUCAAAAGGAUAAACCGGCAGAAACUAUAUUAGAGAAAAUCAGUGCGACCAUAUAGCUAAUGGAGGCACGGCUAUCAAGGUCGGAAGAAACGGGAGAAUAGUAAAUACUUAAGAAUUUCCAGUUUUAAAUAUGACAACAAAUCUGUGAUUUUAACGUUUCGUUUAAACAAGGAAGAAUGAUACAUUUUCUCCUUUUAAUUAGAGAAUCAAUAAGGGGUUGCUAGUUAUUUUAUUAGUAUCGAAAGGAGAGGAAUGAAUUGCUUCUUCUAUUAACGCUCAGCUCAAUAGACGUACUAAUUUUUUCUAGGAAACGUUCAUGUCUUUUGUAUAUACAAAUAUAUGGAUAAUCAUAGGUCAAUAUGUAAUUUAUUUUGUUAGAAUCUCAUCGUUGACGUAUAUUCAGAUAAUUAAGUUACUUUAUCGUGCACAUCGUUGAAACUUGUUACUUUAAUCUUUCGCGAAUCAUAUAUCCAUCCCUUAAUACCUGUAUAUUCGUUGGUCACGAGCGACUUUUAUCUAUCACGCCUUUCGUAUCUCUUGGAAAUUUCAUUAACGCAAUGUAAAUAACUGCUCUGUUAAAAAAAAAAAAGAUGUAUAACUUUUUGUACUCCACCAAUUCAUAUGCAUCGUGUUAUACUUACAGAUAGAUAACAAUAAAAUCUUCUAAUUUA